AUGGAGAGAGUGUGUGCUGCAGUUUGCACGGCUUUUACCGUGGCUUAUUCUGGCUACUUUUUCACCCACCUGGCACGUCACAUCGCCCGUGCCUGGAGAGAAUCCAGCCCUUGGGUGAGUGGGAAAGGAGCCUUUGGCGUUGGGAUGCUGGUGAGCGAAGGAGAUCCGGAGGCUAAAUAUACAGAACUGGAAAUUAUUGGCAAAGGGGGUUUCGGCACUGUGUGCACGGCAGUGGAGACUGCCACAGGAGAAGAGGUGGCCAUAAAGAAAAUCAGUCUGUUGCAAGUGAAGAGCAACGAACUGUGCGUGAAUGAAAUCCAGGUCAUGCGGGACAAUAAGAACGCCAAUGUGGUGAACUAUGUAGACAGCUACCUGCUGCACGAGGAACUCUGGCUCGUGAUGGAAUACAUGGACGGAGGGUCUUUGCACGAUGUCAUUAGGGAGAUCCAAAUGGCAGAAGGAGAGAUAGCAGCUGUCUCCCGCGAGUGCCUGCAAGGCCUGGAUUUCCUUCACUGCAAGCAAGUGAUCCACCGAGACAUCAAAAGCCACAACAUUCUCCUGGGCUUGGAUGGAUUUGUCAAGCUGGCUGAUUUUGGCCUCGCUGCUCAGCUCACGGCUGAGCAGAGCAAACGCAGAUCGGCUGUCGGGACUACUUACUGGAUGGCGCCUGAAAUUUUCACCAGGAAGCCCUACGGCCCCAAAGUGGACAUCUGGUCCUUUGGCAUCGUGGGGAUGGAGAUGGUGGAAGGAGCUCCUCCUUACCUGAUGGAAACCUCCCGCACGGCUCGACAGCUGAUCAGCACCGGGGGCACCCCGAAGCUGCAGAAGCCCAGGCAGCAGUCGGCUUGGUUGCGAGACUUUCUGCACUGCUGCCUGGAGACAGACGAGGACAGGCGCUGGUCUGCCCAGGAACUUCUGCAGCAUCCGUUUGUAACUUCAGCCAAGCCGACCUCCAGCCUGACGCCUCUGAUCAUGGCAGCGCAGCAGCUUAUGGCUGACAGAAGAUUCUAG